CCCACCCUUCAUUCUGCAGUGCUACGGACCGAUCAUGGGUGACUGGAGCUUUCUGGGUAAUAUUUUAGAGGAAGUUAACGAGCACUCUACGGUGAUCGGCCGGGUGUGGCUCACAGUGCUCUUCAUCUUCCGCAUCCUCAUCCUGGGCACGGCGGCGGAGUUUGUGUGGGGCGAUGAGCAGUCUGACUAUGUCUGCAACACGCAGCAGCCCGGAUGUGAGAACGUGUGCUACGACGAGGCCUUCCCCAUCUCCCACAUCCGCCUGUGGGUGCUGCAGAUCAUCUUUGUGUCCACGCCGUCUCUGGUGUAUGUGGGUCACGCUGUGCACCAUGUCCACAUGGAGGAGAAGCGCAAGGAGCGCGAGGAGGCAGAACUUAGCCGGCAGCAGGAGCUGAGCGAGGAGCGUCUCCCUCUGGCACCAGACCAGGGAAGUGUCCGCACCACUAAGGAGACCAGCACAAAGGGAAGCAAGAAGUUCAGGCUGGAGGGCACCCUGCUGAGGACCUACAUCUGCCACAUCAUCUUCAAGACACUGUUUGAGGUGGGCUUCGUGGUGGGCCAGUAUUUCCUGUAUGGCUUCCGCAUCUUGCCGCUGUACAAAUGCAGCCGCUGGCCCUGCCCCAACACGGUGGACUGCUUUGUGUCUCGCCCCACGGAGAAGACCGUCUUCAUCAUCUUCAUGUUGGCUGUGGCCUGUGUCUCACUCUUCCUCAACUUUGUGGAGAUCAGUCACCUGGGCCUGAAGAAGAUUCGUUUUGUCUUCCGCAAGCCGGCCCCGGCCCCAGCCCAAGGCGAGGGCUCGGCCCCCCUGCCGCCACAAGGGAAGAGCCUGCCCCCCCUGGCUGUGCCCUCCCUGCAGAGAGCGAAAGGUUACAGGCUGCUUGAGGAGGAGAAAGCUCCCGUAACUCACCUCUACCCACUGGCUGAGGUGGGCAUGGAGGCUGGCAGAGGGGCCCCUCCCUUCCCGGGGCUGGAGGAGAAGGCGGAGGAGGUGCUGCCCAUGGAGGACAUCUCUAAAGUGUAUGAUGAGACUCUGCCCUCCUACGCCCAGACCACUGAGACAGCAGGGGUGACAUUACACGAGGAGGCGGCUGAGGAGGUGCAGCCGGCAGAGGUGGAAGCAGAGAGAGUGGAGGAGGUUGUGGAGGAGGAUGUGGAGGUAGAGGAGGCGGUGAACGGGGAGGGGGAAACUCCAGCAGAGGCAGGGAUGGAGGCUACGGAUACGAUAGAAGACACCAGACCGCUGAGCCGACUGAGCAAAGCCAGCAGCAGGGCCAGUUAGGCACUGACUUUCAUUCAUUCAGACAGCGACAUACUGCAAAUGCAGCAUGUGGCUGCUGCACACGGCACGGGUGUAAUGGAAGAUUUCUGUAAAUAUCUGGGCAUCAACAAGACCGUUUCUCUGAUAUGUUGCAUGUUCUGGAUUUUCUCAGCAGCAGAAGGAAACAGCAUCUCUACGGUGGUUGGCAGCAAAGUCAUCCUGCGCUGCAAGAACGGGACAAACGACAUGCUCACUCAGCUGACAUGGAAAAUGAACAAGAAUCUCCUGUUUAGUUUCAUCCCAAACCAACGCUUGCAUGAGAAUGAAGAAGCUCUCCCCCCGAAAACAAAUAUGUCUCUAUCAGAGGGUGAGCUGUAUGCACUGGUUAUAGAGAGAGCCGAGAAGUCUCAUACAGGAAACUACACCUGUGAGAUCAACACAGACAAAGGAUCUGAGGAACAGAAGUGGGAGCUGAUAAUUACUGAGCAUGAAGAAAGUGGAAAUUUCAACAAGCUACUGAUUGCCGUGGCGGUCACAGUUCCUUGUGUGUGUUGCCUGAUCUUUAUAAUUGCUUUUGCCAUUCUGCGAAGAGUGUGCAAACGUGCAGGGGGUCGUUCUCGCAGUGCAGAAAUGCAGGAGAGAGAAGAAGAUAUUUAUGAAAACUGCCUGGAAACUAAUCAACGACGUGGCUAUAAUCAGCCAAACCAUUACAAGCCCAGGGCUCACUGAUAGGAAGUGCAGUUCAAUUAUGGGAAAGGGAGCGCAGGAAGUGGACUAAUGCUUGAAACCGCUAACUUCAUAGGAAAAACCAUCUCUUCUCGAGUAAAACCUCUUUUUUCACAUCCUCUGUCUAAAGAGCUUUCACUCUGAAUAACUACUUCAGUCUUUUUAUAUAUACAUAUAUAAAUAUUUUUUUACACAUAUUUAACUGCUUUGUUAAUGAAUGUACUGUUGGCGAAGAAGGGGGUGAACACAUGACUUACGCUACUAUUUUGUACAGCUGUUAUGGUAAAUGUGUUCACAGACGGUCGCCUAUUUACACAUCCAAGGCUGCUGAUGGCCAUCUGGGUGACCUAAGCACCAUUGUUUUGCCCCCGCAUAUAAAGUAACAUAUAUUUAACAGAAUAUAGUUAAUAAAAUAAAUAGAAAAUACUAUAUCCCAAAUAUUUGUGUGAUUUUCUUCCAAACUGGGGGUGUAUUUUCAUUAUCAAUGUUACAAAUAAAAAACUGGAACUAUUCAAAAACAGCAGCCUGUAUAUUAACUAACUGCAGAACAAGCAAACACACACACAAACACGUGUGUGCAAUCAUCUUCAUUAAAACAAAUGAAAUAAUGAUAUGCUCUAUGAUAUGAUAUCAAUACCAUUAUUCUUGAAAUAAAUAUAUAAAUAAAUAAAACACAGGGUGGCACGGUGGUGUGGUGGUUAGCACUCUCGCCUCACGCCCGAGGGAUCCCGGGCGUGGGACCCCUUCUGUGCGGAGUUUGCAUGUUCUCCCCGUGUCAGCGUGGGUUCUCUCCGGGCACUCCGGCUUCUUCCCACAGUCCAAAGACAUGCAGAUUGGGGACUAGGUUAAUUGGUAACUCUAAACUGUCCAUAGGUGUGAACGUGAGUGUGAAUGGUUGUUUGUCUCUAUGUGUUAGCCCUGCGAUAGUCUGGCGACCUGUCCAGGGUGUACCCUGGACUGUUUUGAAUAGUGUACCCUGGACAGGUCGCCACUUCCUGCGCUCCCUGUCCAGGGUGUACCCUGGACAGGGAGCGCAGGAAGUGGACCCUGGACAGGUCGCCCGAUGUCGCCCGAUGUCAGCUGGGAUAGGCUCCAGCCCCCCCGCGACCCUCAAGAGGAUGAAGCGGUUAGAAGAUGAAUGAAUGAAUGAAUAAAACACAACUGUCCCAUUAGUCAUACGAAAGACAGUUUCAAAAAACUUUGCUCAGCAGAGGCAACUGAUACUAAUGACUGUAACAUUAACCUGUAAUCACGAGUGCAGCACUUAGCGAGCCUGCAUUGUGUGCACUGAAACCAUCGGCACCGCAGCUCAAACCCUGUUGUGUCUGAGAGGGCCUUUACUGGGAGAGUUAAUGCAAUACAUAUAAUUAUGAUUGAUAAUGAUCACACUGGGCUGUUUUGGUGCCCUUUCUAGCACUGGUGUCCUCCGUACAUUGUGUGUGGCACCUGCCCUUAGCAGUGAUGCUGUACACACCUAACCAUUUUUCCCCCUCCUGAGUAAAUUAUCUAACUCUCUAGCAGCUAAAUGCUCCACUGUGUUCACCAGCAAGUUGCUAACUUUGCCCAGUCCCAUUUCAUAUUUUCCCCCCUACCCCUCAAUUUGGAUUGCCACUUUGCCCCUUUGAACAGACUUAGAAAAGGUAGUAGUUGAAAACCUCCCGAAUGAAUUGAAACAACUCCUCAAGAGGUAUGUUAUGAAUGAAUGAAAAUGAAUGAAUUGAAUGGCCUUUAUGUAAACAGGUGCGGCAAGUGUUGACAGACAUUGCAGAUAUGUUGUCUUUGGCAGUCGUGAGUUCUUGCGUGGGCUAUAGGCAUU